AUGUGGAAACAGCUGCAGACCGCAAUAGCCUUCGCUCAACAGGCCACGCGAUCCGUUGGUCGUCUAGAAUCCGUGAGCUCAUCGUUCGGCCUAUCAAAGAGGCAAGGUGUAUGUCGAAGAUGCUUCCAAACCAAGGGCCUUUACCGGACUGUACGAAACACUCCGGAACUAUGGUGGAAACGGCAACGACAUGGACGGACCUCUUUUGUUGUGUAUCGUAUAUGGGAAUACUCUACUAGAAAUGGAAGUCGACUCGGAGAACAGCGCGAGGACCUCCCAUCGACGCAAGAGGGGCGCCGCUCGCGACUGUCGAAGAGAGUUUCUCACCUGAUGGACAACGUCCAAGCCAAUGUAUUCAUAGCUGGACAGCGGCUCAAUGAUCUGACUGGAUACUCCGGAAUCGAAGCCCUCAAGCGAGAGAUCGAAUGUCAAGAGCAGACAGUUGAGUUGAUGCGCAGCUCCCUUCAGGAAGCUCGAGACGCAUAUUCCGCAGCAAUAUCGACUCGCGCAUCCUCUCAACGCGAAGUGAACGAGCUGCUUCAACGAAAAAACACCUGGUCACCUCAGGAUGUCGAGCGAUUUACGGCCUUAUAUCGCUCUGAUCACGCAAGUGAACAAGCUGAAGCAUCGGCUCGAGCCCACCUCGACGAGAUCGAAACACGGUCAGAGGAAGCUGGUGCAAGGUUGAGCACGAUCAUACUUACACGAUACCAUGAGGAGCAGAUUUGGAGCGAUAAAAUUAGGCGCAUGAGUACGUGGGGUACGUGGGGCUUGAUGGGAGUAAAUGUGUUCCUCUUUCUCAUCUUCCAGAUUGGAGUUGAGCCAUGGAGAAGGAAAAGGUUAGUCAAAGGGUUUGAAGACAAGGUUGCUGAGGCUUUAGAAAAAGAGGCGAGGCUGACCGGAGCAAAAGCCUCAGAGCGAACACCAGCAGACGAGAAUCCGAGCGAAGUAGUCUUGAUUGAACCCAGUCUUACCGAAGGACUUGAUGCGAACGUAUCGUUGGCUUCGAGUGGAACUGUUCUACCAUCUGAGGCGCCUCAUGCUACAGAAGUCAGCACUGUCGUAGCAGUUCCUGAAAACGCAUAUCCAGCUUCGACCAUUGAGAGCGUCAGACAGUCUCUCAAGGACAUAUUCAGCGAACGAGAAGUUGUUAUCAAGCGUGUUGAUUUAACGACAGCAAUGCUUGAAGGUUUCGGAGCUGGCAUUGCUCUCAUCGGAGUCCUCGUCAUAUUCCUACGCCCCCAUUAG